GUUGAGGAUCCAUCUAAAGUGGAGGCAAGAAAGAACUAUCAUCAAGGCAAUCUUGGAUCUCUCAAAUCUCUUCUUAUUGGUCACGGAAAAAGAAGUCAUCCAUCUCCGAGAUUUGUUGAGAGAGAGCAAAGGGAGUACGAUAGAAGUGAAUCAAUCUUGGAAAUGAAAGAACGAAAGGCAUGACUCGAACCCUCAUAUCAAGAAAAGAGGUGAAAAUUAUUUUAUCCAGACAGAAUUUCUCAUACUGCAAAUUUUUGGACAUUCAUUAGUUGCCAAAUAUUUGCCCCUUUUCUUCUUGUUUGUUCAAAUGUUAUUAUAUAUAGCCUUUUGCGUUAGGACACUACUAUUCCAACAAAUAGCUGGAUAGUGAGUUGAUCAUAUUUGCUAAGAAUUAAAGAUACAAGCUGUGAAGAAAGUGAGUAGAAAAGAGAGAUUUUUUGUUUUUUGUUGACAAUAUGAGCAUCAAGAAACCAGCUGUGAAGCUCGAUGAUGAGCAAAUCGCCGAGCUACGUGAGAUAUUUCGUUGUUUUGAUAGAAACAAUGAUGGAAGCUUAACGCAGCUCGAGUUAGGCUCGCUCUUGCGGUCCUUAGGACUAAAAACUCGUCCUGAUCAGCUUGAAACCUUAAAUCAGAAGGCAGAUACAAACAGCAACGGUUUAAUUGAAUUCUCAGAGUUUGUGGCUCUGGUAGCACCAGAGCUGCUUCCGGAGAAGUCACCAUAUAGUGAGGAGCAGCUAAAGCAUCUGUUCAAGAUGUUUGAUAGAGAUGGUAAUGGGUUUAUUACAGCAGCCGAGUUGGCGCAUUCGAUGGCAAAACUAGGGCAUGCACUUACCGCAGAGGAGUUGACAGGGAUGAUCAAGGAGGCAGACACGGAUGGGGAUGGAAGAAUAAGUUUCGAGGAGUUUUCGCAGGCAAUCACAUCAGCUGCUUUUGAUAAUUCUUGGGUUUGAAGCAACUGGUGUUGUCUCUGGUAUGUUCUGUUCUGUUUGAUUGGUUCAUAUCACUCUCAAAAGCCACUAGCUUUUCUGGGAAAUGAUCUUCUGUUUUGUAUGAAACUGCGUGGAAUGCUGAAUUGUUGUCUACACUUUGAAUAUGGGAUUCUGCU